UCUCCGGCUCCGAUGACGUCUGCUGCUUCCACCCCUCCGACGACAUCGUCCUCCUUGACUCUGGCUCCGACGACAUCGUCCUCCUCGACUCUGGCUCCAAGGUAUUCAUCCUACUCGUCUUUGGCGGGCCUUUCCACGGCGCCGCCUGCUCCCUUGUCUCCUGCAUCGUCGCUACCGCGACCUCCGGCUGGCCGGGCGCAAAGGCAGCCAACAGGCGCCCGCACACGGCGCCCUCUGUGGCCAGGGCAGGGACACUUUCUGCACCAACAGCAACGCCCAAAACAUGGAUAUGUUUCCCGUAGGCUGCUGUGGUUCUGGCGCCACUCGCGUCUGCCCUCUGGACGUCCAAGAAGGUGGUCGUUCCUUGGUCGUCCACCUCGCAGGCUGCUGCGGCGUUCUACUCGCCGCCGCCACCAGACUCGUCCCCGCUGGAUUCGGGGACACUUGGGACGACGACCCACCUCCAGUUCACCCCUCCACCCUCCCUUAACUUUUGACCUCUGUGUUCUCGUGGUUCCUGCUAGAGGACAUCUGGGAGCUGUCCAUAAGGAGGGGGAUACUGUCACGGCCAGGGCGCAUUGGAAUGCGUCCUCAUCCUUGCGCGCUGCAAGCACCGCGGGACACGCCCACGACUGUGGCGCAGAUCUAGGGACGCGCCGCGCGCGUCUCCGCCCUGCAGCUGCUGCCAGCUGCAAUCACUUGCCGGCAAUCAUCACACCUGCCUGGAAUGAAGGAGCUGCCUUCAUAAGCCUGGACAUCUUGGCAUGCCGGCGCCGGAAUAUAAUCAUCUGUUGGCGUAUAACCUCCGUUCCCGUGUUUUGACGUUGCUGUGUGUCUCGUCAUUUCUCGUCGUCGUUCCCCUGCUUCUCGGACUGCUCCUUGGAUCUCGACCUCCCGCUUGGACACGGAUUCCCCUCUUCCCCUGGACUUCCUCA